AUGCCGCUACAGGAAUACCAGUUCUGGGAUAAAGGAUAUGGUAGAGACAAGGGGCUGGAGGCUUACCAACAUAAGCUAAAGCUAGCCCUUAUAGGUCAAAGUAUUUUUGGACAAGAAGUUUAUAACAAGCUGAGAAAAGAAGGACACAAAGUUGUGGGAGUGUUCACAGUGCCUGACAAGAAUGGACAAGCCGAUCCUUUAGCACUGGCAGCGGAGAAGGACGGCACUCCUGUUUUUAAGUUCCCCAGAUGGAGAGAUAAAGGCAAGCCUAUCCAGGAAGUAGUUGCAGCCUACAAAUCGGUUGGAGCUGAGCUAAAUGUCCUUCCAUUCUGUACACAGUUCAUCCCCAUGGAUGUUAUUGACUGCCCGAAACAUGGCUCAAUUAUUUACCAUCCAUCCAUCCUACCACGCCACCGAGGAGCUUCUGCUAUCAACUGGACUUUAAUUCAAGGAGAUAAGAAAGCAGGAUUUACUAUUUUUUGGGCUGAUGAUGGUUUGGACACCGGACCAAUCCUUCUGCAGCGAGAAUGUGAUGUUGGCCAGAACGAUACUGUGGAUGACCUCUAUAACCGGUUUCUGUUCCCAGAGGGAAUAAAGGCUAUGGUGGAAGCUGUACAUCUAAUUGCUGACGGUAAGGCCCCUCGUAUACCUCAGCCUAAAGAAGGGGCAACGUAUGAAGGGAUCCAGAAAAAGGAAAAUGCAGAGAUCUCUUGGGACCAACCUGCAGCAGCUUUGCACAAUUGGAUUCGAGGGCAUGAUAAAGUGCCUGGAGCAUGGGCAACUAUAGACGGCCAGGUGGUUACUUUUUAUGGGUCAUCAUUACUUGAUGCUUCAGUGCCUGCUGGACAAGAGCUGGCAAUAAAAGGUGCUUCAAGACCUGGACUUGUAACCAAGAAUGGUCUGGUCGUUUUUGGUAAUGAUGGGAAGAUGGUACUAGUGAGAAAUCUGCAGUUUGAGGAUGGAAAAAUGAUCCCUGCAUCUAAAUACUUCUCUGCUGAUGAAACAACUGCCCUGGAACUUACAGAAGAGGAGAAAAAGAUGGCAGAAGACAUUAGGGCAAUUUGGAAGGGAAUUUUGAGCAAUGUUGCUGUAAUUGAGGAUUCCACAGACUUCUUCAAAUCUGGAGCAUCCUCUAUGCAUGUUGUCAGAAUGUUAGAAGAGAUCAAGCAGAAAUAUAGUGGACUUCAACUACAGAAUGAAGAUGUGUAUAUGGCCACCAAGUUUGCAGAUUUUAUUCAAAUGGCUGUCAGGAAAUUCAGAGGAGAAGACAAAGAAGACGAGUUAGUCAUUGAUUAUGUUUCAAAAAAUGUGAACAACAUGACUGUGAAUAUGCCAUACCAGUGUUUCAUAAAUGGGCAAUUUAUAAAUGCUGAUGAUGGAAAAACUUAUGACACUGUAAAUCCAGCAGAUGGAUCAGUAAUAGCCAGUGUAUCUUCUGCUUCGUUGGCUGAUGUUGACAAGGCAGUGGCAGCAGCAAAGGAGGCGUUUGAAAAUGGUGAAUGGGGAAAAAUGAAUGCAAGGGAAAAAAAAGGGAGACUCAUGUACAGACUUGCAGACCUGAUGGAAGAACAUCAAGAAGAGUUAGCAACAAUAGAGUCUAUUGACUCGGGAGCUGUCUACACUUUAGCUUUGAAGACCCACGUUGGAAUGUCUGUGCAAACAUUCAGAUACUUUGCUGGAUGGUGUGACAAAAUUCAGGGUGCUACAAUUCCAAUUAACCAGGCACGGCCAAACCAUAAUCUAACAUUCACCAAGAAAGAGCCAAUAGGUGUCUGUGCAAUUGUUAUCCCCUGGAAUUACCCACUGAUGAUGCUUGCGUGGAAGAGCGCAGCAUGCUUGGCUGCAGGCAACACACUCGUACUCAAGCCAGCGCAGGUGACACCUCUGACUUCCUUGAAGUUUGCAGAACUCUCAGCUAAAGCUGGAUUUCCUAAGGGUGUUAUAAAUAUUCUGCCUGGUUCAGGUGGAUUGGUGGGACAGCACCUGUCUGAGCAUCCAGAUGUCCGCAAAGUCGGAUUCACUGGUUCGACACCAACUGGUAAACAGAUCAUGAAGAGCGCAGCCACUAAUCUGAAGAAAGUUUCUCUUGAACUCGGCGGUAAAUCACCACUGAUCAUAUUCAGUGACUGUGAACUUGACAGAGCUGUAAAAAUGGGUAUGGGAGCAGUGUUUUUCAACAAAGGAGAAAACUGCAUUGCAGCUGGCAGGCUGUUCGUGGAAGAAUCAAUCCAUGAUGAAUUUGUUAGAAAAGUGGUGGAAGAGAUUAAAAAGAUGAAAAUUGGUGACCCACUUGAUAGAUCUACAGAUCACGGUCCACAAAAUCACAAGGCACAUUUGGAAAAGCUGCUGCAAUACUGUGAAACUGGAGUAAAAGAAGGAGCCACUCUAGUGUAUGGAGGAAGACAAGUACAUAGACCAGGUUUCUUCAUGGAACCCACUGUAUUCACAGAUGUUGAAGACCAUAUGUAUAUUGCCCAGGAAGAGUCCUUUGGUCCUGUGAUGGUGAUUUCUAAAUUUAAAAAUGGGGAUGUCGAUGGAGUGCUGCGACGGGCAAACAGCACAGAAUAUGGCUUAGCUUCGGGAGUUUUCACAAAAGACAUAAGCAAAGCACUCUACAUCAGCGAAAAGCUAGAAGCUGGAACAGUGUUUAUUAACACAUAUAACAAAACCGAUGUGGCAGCACCAUUUGGUGGAUUUAAGCAGUCCGGCUUUGGGAAAGAUUUAGGUGAAGAAGCCCUUCAUGAGUAUCUCCGAACCAAGGCUAUCACUGUGGAAUACUGAACAGCUUCAUGUGGAAAGCAAACUUCUGACAGUUUCGACCUUAAUGACUCCAUGAAGCACUCAAUACCGUGCCCAGGAUAUGCUGUCUGCAGUGCUGCACCUGAAAAAAACCCCAAAACAAAACACCUGUUCCGUGGAUACCUUUCUAUAAAUCAGGUCCAAAUUUCAGUCUCGCUGACAGCUAAAAGCAUUUGGAAAUUAACCUGAAGUUAUUUAAAUUACUCAGCAGCAGU